AUGGAGCGGGCUGCGUCCGGGGCCAAGUCGCUGUUCCCUCAAGGACCUAGCUUCACCCUCGAGGAUUUCUCCAACCAGGACUUUGUGGUCCGCGAAUUCGUCGACAACCUCGCCGAAAACGCCGUUCCUGCCAAUCGCCGUUCUGGCCCUUCACAGCCUGCUUUCGACCCAAAGCCCCUCAUUCGAACGUUCGAGAAUGCUCUUUCGCAACUUGGAUCGCUGUCCGAGGAACUCCAGGAGAAGGAAUCGGAACUCCAGUCCAAUGUACGGCGCGCUGAAGCCCAGCAUGACCAGACCCUUGAUACCCUCGGCCGGAAGCUCGACCAGUCCAUGGCAUCCUUCGAAGCGCUUGACUUGACACUGAAUAACCCCGAGACCAACGACGACCGGAAUGCGAGACAUGAGGCGGGUGGAAACAUUGCCGUGCAGAUCGGAGAAAAGCUCGAGGAGCUAGACAGGAAGAGGAGACGCGCACAAGACGCCAACUUCCUCAUUUCAUGCUGGCUCGAGGUUAGCGAAACUGGGCAGCUCACGUCCUUGGAGGAAAUCCAGAGGCAGGGAGGCGCAGAGAACAAGGUCCGAUGCGCGGUCAUAUCCCGUCAACUCAUGCGCAUCAGCCAGCGCUUAGACCCGUCAUCAUGGGGUCAAACAAACGGGACGAAUGGAGUCAAAGGAAACGGCGUCACUAACGGCGUCACCGGUACAAGUCGUGUGCAUAACACGAGGGAAGUGCUCGAGAAGUUCUCUGAAUCUCUGGAGCAAGAGCUCUUGAAACAGUUCAACAACAGCUACAGGCGCCAAAACUUUGACGAUAUGAUGGAGUGUUCCAAGGUGUUGUACGAUUUCAAUGGCGGCGCCAGUGUCAUUGCGACCUUUGUCAAUCAGCAUCAAUUCUUUAUCGACCGGGAUCAGUUGCUCUCGGAUGAGGUGACGAUGGACGGCGAGACUUGGGAGCAGAUCGCCGACCCGGACUCCGACCCCCCUGGAGUCGAAGCAAGCCUGCAAACAUUGGUGGACGAAGUCAAGCUCGUCAUGCAGGAGGAGUCAUUUAUCAUCAAGCGGGCGUUCCCUUACUACGAGACUGUCUUGAUCAAAUUCAUCCAGCGAGUCUUCCAACAGUCCAUCCAGCAAAGGCUGGAAAUGGUCCUGGACAAGGCAAACGAAGUCUCGUCGCUUGCAUUUUUGAGAUCAUUGCACUCGUCAAGGACAUAUAUCAGCGGUCUUAUCGAAGAUCUCAAGACCCACGGUCUCACCGAGCAUCCGGAACCGGCCUCGCCGCAGAUUUCGCAGACCUUGGACCAACAGAUGGAGGAGCUAUUCGUUCCCUACCUGGUAGGCAACUCGUACAUUGACCGCGAGAGAAAGAGUCUGGAGGAAAUGUACAACUCGCUGCUCUUCAAGUUCACAACGUACCAUUCCAAGAGAAAGAGGGCACCAACAGGUUUCAUGGCAUCCCUGGCACAGCAGAGUUCGCAGCUAUUGUCAUCGGCCAAGGACGCCUACCUGGAGCGUCUUGACUCAUCUGAAUUGACGGUCACCCAGAAGGCUAUGAUGCUUCGUGUCGCCGGAAUUCAAGAUAACAACGGGAACAAGAACGAUGUGGAGGUAUCAGAGGAGGAUGGUAUCAUCAGCGUGGCAAGCGCCAAGAGAAUGAUGAAGUGGCUUGCAGAGUCCGUACGAAGAACCCUGGAGCUCGGCUCUCCAGUCGAGACGCCCAAGGACGUAAACGUCCUUCUCAACCUGCUGCUUACGACCAUGGGUCGCGUAUACGUUGAGACGGCUUUGGAUGCCGCCCUCGAUUCGGCCUCCUCCCAGGAGAACAUCAAGACAGAGCCUGACCUGACAUACCUGCCUUCAAUCCGCCCGGCCGUGACUAUCACCAGCAUCAUGGAGCGCUUCAUCACCACCGUUCUCAUCAAGCUGGCCGAGUCCAAUGCGACAGUCCGGCGCAACAUGUCGUCGCAGACGAAAUCCGCCAUCGACGGCAUCGAGCGCAAGACCAACGCCGUCAUGCGCAGCUCCAUCGACGUCGUCACGAAUUGGGUGACCCGGUCUCUCGCCAACCAGAAGAAGACGGACUUCCGCCCCCGCGACGGGGACCUCGACUCCCUGCAGACCCCCACCUGCUUGCAGAUCAGCCAGUUCCUGUCGCGCGUGUACCAGCGCGCGUCGCAGGCGGUCGACGGACACAACCUCGAGGUGUGGAGCUCCGAGGUGGCCGUCGCCGUGGUGACUCUCCUCUUCGACCACUUCAAAAAGUUCCAGGUUAACGCGACGGGAGGCCUCAUGGUGGCGCAGGAUCUGUCAAAGUACGUCUCGACAAUCAAGGAGUGGUCGCUCGCCGCCGAUGUCGAAGCUUCGGUCGAGCUCCUCGCCGAAAUCGGGUCGCUCUUCAUUGUCGGGCCGGAGGCCCUCAAGGAGAAGUCCCGCACGCUUGCGACGGGCCCGCAGGGGGCGGGAAGGAAGCUCUCCAAGGCCGAUUUCAAGGCCUUUGUGCAGCGGCGUGACGAUGCCAGUAGCGUCGGCAUCCAGAGCGUCAUAGCCGGGCUUUAA